AGAUUCAUACAAAAAAGAGGAAUAGGCUUGAGCACAAACGUUUGAAUGCUUUGGUCUAUGUGAAGUACAACACUAAACUAAGAGAGAGGAGUAUCAGAAGAAGACAAAACAUCGAUCCAAUACUAGUAGAUGAAAUUGAUUCGGAUGAUGAAUGGAUUGCUGAAAAAGAAGAUCCUGUCCUCCCUCUUGAUGCUUCUUGGCUUGAUGAAGAAGAAUUGUUCGAUGCUGAAGCAAUUAGGACUGUGCCUAUCACUACAUAUGAUAGAAGUGUGGAAAAUCGAUCAACUACGACUACGAUUAAUGUUGACUCAUCUUCGAAUGCAAAGAAAAGAAAAGUUGGUGAAGGUUCAAGAAAUGAUAGAGGAAAAGGCAAGGCAGCAAGAUGCACCCUUGUGGAUGAAGAUAUGGAGUUGGAAGAAGUUGGUGGAAUAGAUGAUGGAACCUAUCCCAUUAUAGAUAUAGCAGACGAAGAUGAUGACAAUAUUAAUGAGGAUGACUUAGAGUGACCUAUUAUUUAUUUAUUGCUUUGUUUAUAGAGUAUUAGAGUUUUAAGUAAUUUUGUUUAUUGAACAAUUGAAAUUUAAGUUAUUUUGACUAUCACUUAAGUUAUUUUUUUAUUAUAGUAUUAAUGAGAAUGACUUAGAGAGCACUUAUAAUA